AAAAAAUAGCGACAUCUGGAAGCCAUCUCGGUCAAGGGUCGUUUGUUCGUUGUGUGCGUGCUCUAUAUUAAAAUUUUUUAUUUUUAUUUCCCCCAACUAAUUUUUGUUUUGCCAUUUCUUGGGCUCCCCCCCCUUUUUUUGUGUGUGUGUCUGUUAUUCUUCGCUCGGUGAAGUUCGUUCCAUCUGCGCGUGUCCGUGCGUGUAUGCGUGUGUGUUCUUUAUGUGAGUCACGUGACGAGAGUAAGUCUCGCGUUUCCUCCGUUUUAUCGUUGCGCGCGUCAUCUCUCUCCGGAAAGAGGAAAAAGCAAAAAAAAACGAAGAGUUUUCGUUGGAGCAUAGAAGGAAAGGAAGAGAACGAGAGGGUCGAUGGGUUGGGGGAAAGAGAGGCAAAGGAGACAGAGAGAAUCAGCUGUUACGGUCGUGUACGACUGGUAGGAAUGGAUCGAUCCGCGUCGCCUUCGCCUUGCUCCGUGAGUUGCUUACGUUCGCUAGAGUGCCAGUCGCGGCCACGACCUCUGCUCGUCUUGCCGCCUCGACGAGUUACUCUCUUUGCUUUGUUGUUGUCGUGCUGCUCAUUAUCUCCGUGUUCGCCUCUUUGUUGUUGGAUAUUUGCAUCAUGGAACAACUUUCGGCUCCUUUGGUGUCGUCCAACGAAGUGGACGGUGGCGGAGGCGGCGGAGUGCGCAAUCACGCAGUGAAGCCGGUGAUACCGCCCAAACCGGAGGGCUACGGCACGCUGGGCAGGGCCAGUAGUCGAGAGCAUCACAAAAACGAAAAUGGAUCGGCCACGGUCGAGCAGAACCGCCUCUCGUAUUCGUCGCAAAGACCCAAAUCCACCGAGAUGCUGACAGAGUUCCAGAUUUCAGCAGCUGCUGGUGCUACCACCACCACCGCUCCUACUACUACUGCUACUACUACUACCGCCACCAAUCUGCCAUCGUCGACAUCUACCAACUCGAAUCCGGCGACGCGCCAGUCGCCACGAUCUCCGCGCUCCAAACCGCCCGCCCCUCCCGUGCCAAACAGCCCACGUCCCCUGCCGCACCAAUUCUCGUUGGCCGAUAGCCAAGGAUCUGUUUUGGCCGACCUCACUCUCGAUUGUCCCUGUCCUCUGCUCACUCAACAGACAGGAGGGGGAGGAGGAGGUGGUAGUCAUAGUGGUUCCACGAGCCACGGCGGAGGAUCCAAGCACCAGUCCGCCUACGAACCGCAGCUGUCGGUCUGGAAUCCACUGAUUGAGCCUCCGCAAUUGUUCCAAUCUGCGAUGGAUCUCGAUUUGUCUUUUGAUUCGGGCCACAACGAUUGCGACCCGCCCGAGCAGCCCAACCAUCAGCAUCAGCAUCAUCAGCCAGUGAUUGUCAAGCCGGCACCGCCGCCUCCGUUGCAAUCGUCGUCCAUGUCAUUCCAAUCGGUCCAGCAAUUCUAUCCGGAGCCGAUGAAACCCACCAAGGUCGAACCGCCCCGAUUGCCUAGUGUCCCGCCCGUCUCCUCCAGCCUCACUCUCAACCUCAGCAUGGAUCCCCUCUCUUCCAGGUCCGUUUCCAAGACCCAGGAUCCCAUCAAGCCCGUCUUGCCCAUCGCCAACGAGUUGAACAAGAUAAUGAUGUCGAAGACGGAUCACCAAGCUUCCAGCGGCAACGCCAAUUCUUCUGGUUCGUCUUCUUCCGGUAUCAGUGCGCCUCCGUCGGUCCACUCGGCCAUGCAACGAGUGGAGCCCCGGGUGACUAGCGAUCUGGUCAAACUGGAACUGAACAGCACGACGAGCAGAUUGUCGGCCGACCCUUUGACGCAAUCGACUGCGUCGGCCGAUCCGGCCAAACCGAGCCGAGUGCUUCCCUUGAAACCGUUCACGGAUUCCAGCGUGUCGCUGCACAACAAAAACAGCAGUGUCGGCUGUCAAUCGCUCGAAUCGAUCCAGUCGAAUCCAUCGACGAUCGAUACGACCGAUUCACCACAUUCAUUACUGCCGCCCAACGAGUCCAUUAGCGCCCGCAAUGCACUCAACAGUGAAUUGCACAGCAGGGCGUCGACGACGGCCAUCCAACAGCCGCAGCCCAACGGACUGGGACGGCCGCCGGAUUCUUGCCCGUCUGAGCCGUCGGUGGCAGCAGCAGCCAGUGCCAAACAAAACACGUCGUCGUCGUCGGCCUCCCUUUCUACUCCGCUCCUUUUGCCUGCGCCUCAUCCGCCGCCUCCGCCGCCACCUUCGUCUUACAUGACGAUCGAUAUCGAUCCGUCUUCGGCUGCCGCCGCCGCUGCCGCCACCGGCAGUUCGAGUACGACCGGUAGCGGCGGUGGCGAUUCGUCCGGCGAGAAAAUUGUGGAUUUUUACCCGCCCAACUCGUUCCGUCCCUAUUCGUUUCACAGCGAGUGCUGGCGCAAAGAGAUCCCCGAAGACGAGACCAAAUGGCAAAUGUACAAGCGCCGAUUCUGCGAAUUUGUUUUCAAUUUCGUCGCUUGCUGCAUCCGAUGCAUCGGGCCCGUUUGAUGAUGAUGAUGAUGACGACGACUCGUUAUCAUCGAUUUUAUUACCUCUCUCAAGUUAUCUCCUUAUUCAACCAGUUUUUUGUUUGUUGCUUUCUACCAUUUGUUUUUCGAAAGAAGCGACGCACACAGUAAAAAAAAAAUAUAAAUUUUUUUUUAUGAAAGAGAAAUUUUGCGGUGACACGAAAAGAAACGAAGAACAAAGAGCGGAAGGGAUCCUUGACCCAGCGGCUUCCAUUUGUCUUAACAUUUUUCUAUCUUUAUAGUUUUCGGUUUCUUAUUUCCCUUUUUUUGUUUUGUUGUUGUUGUUGUUUCAUUUCCUUGCUGUUGCGGAAGAAAGAAGAAGAAGAAGAAGAAGAAGAA